CAGUAAUCCAGUCAUGACCACAUUUCCAGUCUCUGUGACCUUCAGUCACAUGACCUCUAUCGGGACUACGGUGUACAUUCCUGUCAUAUCAGGAAAGGACGAGACCACCACAUACAUAUUUACACUUAGUGGAGCAGGAUCAUUUGUAAUCGACUCUGGAUCUGGAAACAUAACCACAUCCUCUUCAGUGACAGUGGGUACUUAUAGUCUUUCUGUAACCGUUACGGACGCCUGUGGAAGAUCUCAGACCCAGACCCUCAAUGCCAUAUUCACAAACACGGCUCCAGCUAUAUCUGGUCUUCCAUACAGCGCUGACCUUCAGGAGACUACCGUCCUUGAAAACUCUCUUCAUUCAAUCAGCAUAGAAGAUGGUGACGGCGACUCUUAUACGUGCAUGUUGGAAAACACCUUUCCUUCAUCAGGAAAUUUCUUUUUAAAAGCUAAUUAUUCCAAUGGACUUGGUUAUGACAUACUCUCCAAAAGCAGUCCAGUUUUGUCCUACGCCUCUACUAACACAUACACACUGAAUAUCAGCUGUUUUGAUGGUAUCGACACAUCGUAUGGAACGUUUACAGUUUAUAUCAUACAGAAUGUAGCGCCUUCAUUCACCAAUCUGCCAUAUUCACUAAUAUUGUCCGCAAAGUCAACAGCUAUAGGAACCUCUGUGUAUCAAGUCCAAACUGCUGAUCCAGACAGCAAUAAUCUGGCAACAAGCAGCACUUGCUCGCCCUUUCCAUGUCCCUUCUCUGUUGCCAGUGAUGGUACAGUGACGAGCGUCACGGAUCUACGGACGGAGACAACCGUGGCGUAUACCUUACAGUUCUCCGUUAAUGACAGCUUGAUUACAACUGGUCCCGGUGUCUUAACAAUCACAUUGACAGAUUUGAAUACAGCACCUACCUUUCAGAACUUACCAAAAACAGUGUAUGUAAGUGAGCAUAUCUCGGAAUCCUCUGUAAUUUAUCAGAUUUCAGCGAAAGACUUAGAUGUUUCUGAUGUAUUAUCAACGACAUUUACAAUUCAGCCACCCGAUGGGACACUAUUGUUUGAUAUCAACGCCACUGAUUUGACAAUCAGGCGAAACAGUGGAGAAUCUUUCAACUUUGAGUCUCUAUCUGCAUAUAAUUUUACCAUUUCUGUGACUAUAAGUGAUGGGAUAUUCAGUGCGACUUCAAAUCUGAUGAUAUCAAUACUUGAUGUUAACGAUCCUCCCAGCUUUGACCAAAACAUUUAUUAUGUUACCUGUAACGAGGGGCAGAAAGGUUCAUUACUUCCGGCCUUGGGAUUUACAGUAUAUGAUGAGGACAUUAGCGACUCCUUUACAUAUGGGAUUACAGACGGAUCAAACUUUGUCAUCAAUUCUUCUACCGGAAUUAUUUCCUUUGCCAUAGAUAUUGAAGUGACUUCAAACACUUCCUUCAAUUUAACUGUCCAGGUAACAGACACAGGUGGGUUGUCUGACACCUGUAUCGUGAUGAUCACAAUCCAGAAUGUCAACAGGAAGCCGUAUUUUACGAACUUACCUCAAACAGUUACUGUACCCGAAAAUACAGCUUCCGGAUCCUCUUUGUUCUUGUUGGGGCUAAUUGAUGAAGACCUGAUAUCUACUACUGUGUCCUACACAAUCUCCCCAGUGUUGUCUUCUAAUCUGUUUUUCUACAAUGAUUCAGAAAGGAGACUUUAUCAAGCAAAUGGAUUUUACUUUGACUAUGAAGGAACCAAUGUUUACAACAUUACCUUUGAAGCCAACGACGGAACAGAGAUCUCGGACCCAGCAAUUCUGUAUAUAGAUAUCACCGAUGUGAACGAACCUCCAACAUUUCAGUCACCAUUUUAUUAUUUAACAUUCAACGAAAACAAGAUUGGAUAUGCACUCCCAAACAUAGCGUAUAACGUUACUGAUCCAGAUGCAGGUGACAUUGUAAUCUUUAGUCUAAUAGACGGCCAUUUCGUGACAAAAAUAGGAAUAAACUCCGGUACUGGUCAGAUGCACCUGACAGCAGACAUUCUAGUGGAUAGCACUCUUACAACUAACCUCUCAAUACAAGCCACAGACUUAAACGGUCUAUCAUCCACGGCUACCAUUGAAAUAACAGUUUAUAACGUGAAUAAUGCACCUUAUUUUACAAAUCUACCUUUCACUAUCAAUACAGAUGAGAACAUUUCGUCUGGAAGUGUUAUAUAUGACGUCACUGCACGAGACGAUGAUGUAGGGGAUGUUUGUUCUUGUAGCGGUACUUUUUUACCGUCUGCUGCCGCUACAUUACUGCACUUUGAUUCUGCAGAUCAAAAAAUAAAACUGCGAGACAAUGCAACAUUGAAUCACCAGCUUUUCAGUAACGUAAUCGUGACUGUUAAUGCUUGGGAUUUGACGGGCGCUACAUCAACAUCAAACCUUACACUCCACAUCGUCAACAUCAAUGAGGCUCCCCAAUUUUCUUCGAAUAUUUAUUAUGGAGAUGUAAACGACGGAACGUUGGGAUCACCUGUCACAGCCUCAAUAUCAGCAGUAGACCCAGAUAUAACAGAUGUCCUUACUUUUAGUUUAAUCAGUCAGAGUGUCAGUGGAAUAUUUAACAUAAACACUAGCUCCGGAAUACUUUAUACAGCAGUGAGUGAUACCUAUUCCAAGUCAAAUGGAAACUGCACUCUUGUUGUUCAAGUGGAGGACCAGUAUGGUGCGUACGAUCAGACAAUAUUAAUUAUUAAUAUUCAUCAUGUAAAUACAAAACCAGAAAUUGUUAAUUUUACUGGAAUUUUGUAUGUGUCGGAGGCACUUCCUACUGGCUCCUUGUUGACCAUUUACUCCAUCAUCGAUCCCGAUACGAAUGACGUCAUUACAGAGAGAAUAACUUUGGCGCAUGCGUCAGCUGAAAACAAGUUCCUGUUUAAUAUUUCAAAUCGACAACUUUACAUCUACUUGAAGGAUCUUGUGGACUUUGAGUCGGAGAGCUCUUACAAUCUCACAUUCAUUUUAAAUGAUGGUUAUAACGAUUCUCCUUUGUAUGAGCUGAUGAUAGCCGUGGCAGAUGUGAACGAAUCUCCAUAUGUACAAUACAGUAUUAAUCACGUGUCAUUAAAAGAAAACAUAAGUGGAACUUUGCUGGAUUUAAACAUUACCGUCUCCGAUCCCGACAUUGGUGAUACUGUCACAUGCAUUAUAUUAAGUGGAAACGACAACCAAUACUUCAGCAUUCAUCCUACUACGUGUACAAUGUCUCUGACCAAAGACUACGAUAUUGAUUCGGGACUGCCCUCAUCGCAUUCCUUAAUAAUUAAAAUUAUUGACAACAAAGGUCUUUUCACAACAACGACAGUUAACAUUGACGUUGUUGAUGUCAAUGAUAACGCCCCCCGCUUUGAAUGGCCUGAAUAUGUUACUUUCAUCUCUUCAGACUCCUUAAUCGGUCAUCAGCUACUGACUCUUAAUGUAAGUGAUGGCGAUAGUGGCCUAAAUGCCAAACUGACGUGCCAAAUGGACAUCAACCAUUUUACUAGUCUUUUUGUCGUUUCGACAGACUGUAUCCUUUACCAAAGUGAAAGUUUAAAUGGAAUGGCUGAGGGGACUGAAGUCAAUUUUACCACAGUUGUAAAAGAUGCAGGAUCGCCGUCUUUAUCAGCAUCUGCAUUGGUCCGUGUUAUUGUCCAAGGUACAGCAAAUACUGUGGCACCUCAGGCAAGCGCUACAUACCAAGUGACCAACAAUUCCGACGGCAUAGACUUCUCCGAUUGGCGAGUUUUAGCGGGAUGUGGCAUUAUUGGUCUCGUAUGUCUUCUGGCAAUAGUAAAUUCCAUCAUUUUAAUCCGAAGAGGAUGUAGUAAAAAGCCAAAUCUUGAAAAGGGUCACUCAAGUUUUGCAAAGGAGGAGGGUACAGUACAGAAAGAGGAGAGAAAGCACGAUUCAUUUGAGAAUAAGAAGCCAGUGUACAGUCGAAGUAGCUCUCAAAAUUCCGUCAUUAAAGCUAGGAGGACGUCUUCAUUGCCUCUAACAACUCCAAAAAUGGAAACCAUAUCUGUUUCCAGCGCACGAUCUGAGGAUCUCAACAGUACGCUGACUCCUACAGACGUAUCUCUGAAUGAUUUCCCAUCAAACUACAGUCAGACAAGCAGGUCUUCUUUUGCAAAGGAAGAAGACAAACACUUUUCAGCAUUCUUUAAAAGCAGUCGUCGUAUCAGCGAUAUAAUGGGGCCCAAAUCCAAUUAUGACUUUUUUUGAUCUUGAGAAGUUGCAGACCCUUUGCCUCGGAUGUUAUCGUUCUUUGCUGAAUAUA